AGAGGUUGUAAUUCAGCAGCCAAACUUCCCUGAAAAGGAUCAACAUUCUCCAAUCCAUCGAGGGCUCCCAACUCAUCCUGCAGAGCUCUUGAGGAACCAUCUCCAAACCAGCAGGAAACUCAGCAUUACCUCAAGAGCCCCCAGUGGGUGUUGGACCUUCACCAUGCCAGCAACAGCCCACAACUCAGCCUCCAGCAUCCCAUACAGUGUUUAGUCCAACUGGUGAUGUAAUGACAUUUUCACCGCUAGAUCUUUCAAUGAUUUUCAGAGUUCAUUUAGUGUUGCCUGAAACCAGUUAAACAUGUGGUUUUGGAGAUUACCAUAACUACAGCAGAGCCCACUACAAAUGCCGAGCCUUACCCAGUACAGUGCGAGGGCACUGGUCAGUCUACAGUUUUCACUGAACAGGCUGAAUUUUCUGCAACACAGUUCCAUCCCUUUUCCCCACUUCAGUAUCCCCCGGAAACGUUUGAAUCUUCUCUAGCCCAGCGAGAAGCCACAGCUCAGUCUCCACAUCCCCGUAAGGAGUUAGUAUGUUCUCCAGUCCAUCAGGAGGUCCCAGCUGAGCCUCCUGCAUCCCCUAAGGAGGUCGAACCAUCUUGGAGCCAGCAGGAAGCCUUGGGCCGUCCUCCAAAGUCCACAGAAUACGUAAGACCGUCCCCACGUCAUCAUGAAUUUCCAGCUCAUCCUUCAGAGAUCUCUAAGUUCUCAACCUUCAGUGAAUUAUGAGAUGACAGUUUCAUCACUAGGUCAGGAUCAAGCCCAGUAUACAACACUGCUCACUUUCAGAGUUCAACUUUUUGACCUGUGGUUUCCCAUGACUCCGGAACGCACUAUAGAGCUCAAACUUUCUUCAAUCAUGUAGGAGACCCCAGAUCAACCUCUAGAGACACCUAAGAAAGUUGUUGUAGCUCAACGCCCAAUAUCUGAGGAGACUGACUUCCAACACCAGGUCAGGAUCAAGCCCAGUAUCCAACAUUUCCCACUGACACACUUCAACCUUUGGACCUAGUGCUGACCAUAACUCCAGAAUCCACUAUGGAGGUUGAACUUUCUCCAACCAGCCUAGAGACCGCAACUCAACCUCCAGAGACACCUAAGGAAGUUGUUGUAGCUCAACCCCCAAUAUCUCAGGAGGUGAACUUCCAACACCAGGUCAGGGUCUAGCCCAGUAUCCAACAUUGCCCACUGUCACAGUUCAACCUUUGGACCUGGAGCUGAGCAUAACUCCAGAGCCCACUACAGAGGUUGAAGUCUCUUCAGUCCUGCAGGAGACUGCAGCUCAAUCUCCAGAGACACCUAAGGAAGUUGUUGUAGCUCAACCCCCAAUAUCUGAGGAGGUGACUUCCAACACCAGGUCAGGAUCAAGCCCAGUAUCCAACAUUGCCCACUGUCACACUUUAACCUUUGGACCUAGAGCUGACCAUAUCUCCAGAAUCCACUAUGGAGGUUGAACGUUCUUCAACCAAUCAAGAGACCCCAACUCAACCUCCAGAUUCACCUAAGGAUGUUGCUCAAGCCCAGUAUCCAACAUUGCCCACUGUCACACUUCAACAUUUGGACCUCGAGCUUGCCAUCACUCCAGAACCCACUACAGAUGUUGAACUUUCUCCAGUGAUGCAGGAGACUCCAGCUCAUCUUCCAAAGCCACUUAAGUAAGUUGUAUUUCAACGUCCAGUGUAUCAAGAGGUGACACUUCCAAUGCUAUGUCAGGAUCAAGCUCAGCAUUUAGCAUCGCCCAGUGUCACAGUUCAGCCUUUAGACCUAGCAUUUACCAUGACUCCUGAACCCACUAUGGAGGCUCAACAUUCUAUAGGCCUGAAGAAGACUACAGCUCCUCCAAAGCACCAUAAGGUGACAUUUCCACCCCCGGAGCAGGUUCAGGCUCAGCAUACAAACCUGACUGAAGUUACAGUUCAGUUACACUCAAACUCCUUGUCACCCAGUGUCACAGUUAAACCUUUGGUCCUGGGGCUUACCGUAACUCCAGUGUCCACUGCAGAGGUUGAACAUUCUACAGCUCCUUCUUCAAAGCAUUCUGAGGUGACACUUCCACAUCCAGGCCAGAUUCAGACUCGGCGACCGAACUUGAAUGAAGUCACAGUUAAAUCUUUGGACCAGGAAUUUACUGUAACUUCAGAACACACUACAGAGAUAAAACGUUCUCCAACCAUGCAGGAGACCCCAACUCAGCCUCCAGAGCUGCCUAAGGAGGUUGUAGCUCCUGUGUAUUCUGAGAUAGCAGUUCCAACACCAAGUCAAGCUCAAGCUCAGUAUCCAGUGUCACCCAGUGUCACAGUUCAACAUUCGGACCUGGAGUUCACCACGAUUUCAGUAUCCACCACGCAGGCUGAA